UUCACCAGCCAGUCUGCAGGUUAUAUCGUUACGCCAGUAGGUUUUGCGUAAUAUACAGCUGUCUGGGUUUUACUAGACAAGAGUUAGACGAGCGUAAACAAAGCAACAGGCUGUAUAACAGUUUUUAAACAACCGUCUGACUAUGCUGCGGAAGAAUAAACUUAUUUGGGACAUAAGAAAACGCUCUAUCGGUGUCGAUGAAAGAACCAACUUUAUACGAACAAACUAUUUAGACAGAUUAGAGUUUGUCCAGAGACUGAAACUUGAAGCCUCACUUGAUGUGCAUAAUGGCUGUGUAAAUACUAUAUGUUGGAAUGACACAGGUGAAUAUAUUUUAUCUGGAUCAGAUGACUGCAAUUUAAUCAUCACAGAUCCUUACAGCAGGAAGGUGCUUGUAACGGUCCCGUCUAACCAUAGUGCCAGCAUCAACAGUGCCAGGUUUAUGCCUGGGUCCAGCGAUCACUGGAUUGUGUCUGCAGCAGGAGAUGGAAAUAUUCAUUACACCAACAUCUCCCGCAGCCCUGAGCUCAUCCAGUACAAAUAUACCUGCCACCACGGGACAGCCUAUCAGGUUCUCACAAUAUCCAGCGACCCAAACUCUUUUCUCUCAUGUGGAGAAGAUGGAACAGUUCGAUGGUUUGAUGUCAGAGUAAAAACUGGCUGUGGCAAAAGCAGCUGCAAAGAUGACAUUUUGGUUAACUGUCGCAGGGCAGUCAGUUCUAUGGCUGUUUCGCCCACUGAGCCAUAUUAUCUCGCCCUGGGCUGCUCGGAUAGUUCAGUCCGCAUAUAUGACAGGAGGAUGCUGGGAACCAUAUUUACAGGUUGCCAUUCUAGCAGUGGAGCUACAGGUUUCUGUGUUCGUUUUGUGCCUCCUCAGCUGAUUGGACAGUCGUGCCGUGUCACCUCACUGUGUUACAGCUCUGAUGGCCGAGAAAUACUCGCUAGCUUCUCUUCAGACUACAUCUACCUGUUUGACCCUAAAGAUGACAAGGCAGCUAAAUUAAACGAAAUGCCAAAAAACAAGCGGGAGGGGCUGCUACACCCUCCUGUGAAGCGUCUCAGAAUAAGAGGUGAUUGGUCAGACACGGGACCUCGUGCACGCCCAGAGAGCGAAAGGGAGCGAGAUGGAGAGACCAGCUCCAGUGCAUCACUGAUGCAGAGAAUGUCAGACAUGUUUUCUAGGUGGUACGAGGAAGUGCAGAGUAACAGAGAUCAACCCCACUCGCGCACAAGAAGAAGUACCACUUCUGAAGUAGCACAAGUUGAGCCUAGUGCAGAGACACUGACCCACGCACAAGACACAGCAGAUCCCAGGUCAUCUACUCCACAAGACAGGGGAGCUUCCUCUGUGUCUGUCAGCAGUGCCUCAGCAGAGCCUGUUCUUAGUCUGCACUACAGUCCAGAAGGCACCUCUACCAGCACCAUCACACUGGAUUUCACCAGUCAUUGGACUGAUGCUGGGCUGAGCUGUGGACGUCCCAAUAGCACAGGUAUCAGUGGACAGGAAGGCAGCUCUGCAGAACCAGGCUCAGGACAGGCUGAUCCAGCUGAAGACACAAACAGACAAAACAGCACAUCUGAAGAGCCAACAGAAGAUCAGGAUGACAACAGUGUGGAGACCAACCACACGUCCUCAACAAACAACCAGCCUCCACUCACACAGAGAUUCAAUUUCAGGGGAUCAGUGAUCGGUGAACAUGUUCUGAGGCGAACAGUAGCUGUUCGGAUCCAGGAUAUUUUCCGACGAAGAAAAGAGCGGGAAGAGAUGGCAGAGGUCGAGGCACUCAAUAUCAAGAGACCUGUUCCAAAAAUGACCUAUGAAGGCCACCGUAACUCAAGGACAAUGACCAAAGAGGCGUGUUUUUGGGGUAAUAACUUUGUGUUGAGCGGAUCAGACUGUGGCCAUAUCUUUAUAUGGGACAGACACACAGGAGAGCAUGUGAUGCUGAUGGAAGCUGACAAUCAUGUCGUCAACUGUCUGCAGCCUCACCCAUAUGAGCCAUUACUUGCCUCCUCUGGAAUUGAUUACGAUAUUAAAAUCUGGUCGCCCACGGAGAAUUCUCCAUCAUUUAACAGAGUGUUGGCAGAAGAGGUAAUUCUGUGCAAUGAGCGGAUGUUUGAAGAGACCAGAAAUACAAUCACAGUCCCAGUGUCCUUCAUGCUGAGAAUGCUGGCGUCUCUCCGCCACGUCAGAACAGAUCGUUUUGAAGGAGAUCGAUCAGACAGCUCUGGACAAGAGAAUGAUGAAUGAAUGAGUUUAGUACCAGCAUCAGUAAGACUGCAUAUGAAUAGUAUGGAAUAUUGCUUUUCUUUUUUUUCUUUUUUUAAUUCUGAGUAUAUAUUACCUUUUAUCUUUUUAAACUCAGUUACAAGAUGUAAACCUUUUUUUUAUUCCUUGAUUGAGACAGUAUUAUGUUUGGAACUAUUCUAUGGAAUUUUAAAAGAUA